AUGGCUCCUCCAGUCUGGACUCUGGUGCUGCUGGUGGGGGCUGCCUGGGCCCGGGGCCACAUUCCUGCCCCUGUCCGGAAAGAGAAGCCUGCGGACUGGAAGGCAGUUGCUCGCAGCUCUAGGGAUAACUCUAUUCUCACCCAGUGUGACUUUGAGGAUGACUCCAAACCCCUCUGUGAUUGGACCCAAGUGUCCACAGAUGACGGGGACUGGAUUCGAACCAGUGGGCCUUCCCCCACCGGCAGCACUGGUCCCCCCGGGGGGUACCCUAAUGGAGAGGGAUACUACCUGCACAUGAACUCAAGCACCUUCCACCGGGGCGGGGUGGCCCGCCUACGCAGCCCCCCCAUAUGGGAGCAAGGCCCCCUCUGCGUGCACUUCGCCUACCACAUGUUCGGGCUGUCGUGGGGCGCCCAGCUCAGACUGCUACUGUUCAGGGACACCAAGAAAAAGCACCCCAGCCUGCUCUGGAAGCAUAUUAACACCCAGAGCCCCUCCUGGAUGCCCAUCGCUGUCACGGUGCCUAUGGGGCUUGUCCUGCCCAGCCGGGUGGUGUUUGAGGGAGUGAGGGGCAGCACGGCUUACCUGGACAUCUCUCUGGAUGCCAUCUCUAUCCAUCGGGGCUCCUGCAAUCGCAUCUGCAUGAUGCAGACGUGCAGCUUCGAUGUUCCAAAUGAUCUCUGUGGCUGGAGCUGGAUCCCAACAGCCUCUGGGGCCAAGUGGGUCCAGAAGAAGGGGUCGUCCGGGGUGCCGAACGUGUGGCCUGAGGAUUUCUCUAGCCCUGGUAGUGGCUUCUACAUGCUCCUGGACCCCAAGAAUGCAAAACCGGGGCAGAAAUCUGUCCUCCUGAGCCCCCUGAGCCAUUCCUCUGGCUGUCUGAGUCUGUCCUUCCACUACAUCCUCCAUGGACAGUCACCUGGUGCAGCCCUCACCGUCUAUGCUUCCGUCUUGGGCAGCAUCCGGAAACACACUCUCUUCUCAGGACAACCUGGACCCAACUGGCAGCCUGUUUCUGUCAAUUACACAGGCCAGGGACAAAUUCAGUUCACCUUGGUGGGUGUGUUUGGAGAGACCCCAGAGCCAGCUGUGGCAGUGGAUGCAAUCAGCACUGCUCCCUGUGGGGAGAGCUUUCCUCAGUGUGACUUUGAAGAUGAUGCCCAUCCCUUCUGUGACUGGGCCCAGGCAUUAGGGGAUGGCGGACGCUGGACCCGGGGAAAUAAAAGUAUGCACAUCCAGGGUGCAGGCGCUUUUGAAGGUCACUAUAUUUACGUGGAGGCCGACAAGUUCUCUAAGGCGGGCCAGUCUUUCAGACUGGUGAGCCGGCCCUUCUGUGCCCCGGCUGCGAUCUGUGUGGAGUUUCCCUACCACAUGUAUGGCCUCGGAGAGGGUACUAAGCUCAAUCUCCUGCUGGAGAGUCCUGCGGGCAGUGCCCCAUCCACUCUCUGGCACCGCGUUGGGUCUCAGAGUCCCAGCUGGCUGAACACCUCUGUCACCAUCCCUUCGGGGCAUCAACAGCCCAUGCAGCUGAUCCUGGAGGCCAUCAGGGGUACCCACAGUGCCUUUGUCGUUGCUGUGGGUUUUAUCUUGAUCAAUCACGGGACUUGUCGAGGAAUAGUGCCAACAGAGCUUCCUUCCAAAUCUCCAGUUUCCCUCCCUGGCCCUUCUGAAACCCCUGUCUCCACAGGAAAACCUAUGACUCCCACAGAAAAAUCUAUGGCCCCCACAGAAAAACCCAUGGCUCCCACAGAAAAACCCACUGUCCCCACAGAAAGAUCCAUGGCUUUCACAGAAAAACACACUGUCCCCAGUGAAAUAGCCACUGUCCCCACAAAAAGACCCAUGGCCCCCCCAGAAAAACUCACUGUGCCCACAGAAAGACCCAUGGUCCCCCCAGAAAAACAGUCUGUCCCCAGUGAAAUAGCCACUGUCCCCACAGAAAGACCCACUGUCCCCACAGAAAAACCCACUGGUCCCAGUGAAAUAGCCACUGUCCCCACAGAAAGACCCAUGGUCCCCAAAGAAAAACACCCUGUCCCCAGUGAAAUAGCCACUGUCCCCACAGAAAAACCCGUGGCUCUCACAGAAAAACCUAUAACUGCCACAGAAAAACCCACUGUCCCCAGUGAAAUAGCCACUGUCUCCACAAAAAAGCCCAUAGUCCCCUCAGAAAUGUCCACUGUCUCGCCAGAAAAAUCCACCUUCCCCACAGAAAAACUCACCAUCCCCACUCAAAAGCCCACCAUCCCCACAGAAAAGCCCAAAGUUCCCACAGAAAAGCCCACUAUUCCCACUGAAAAACCGACUUUCCCCACUGAAGAGAACACUCCCACUAUCCCCACAGGAAAACCCACCAUGCCCACUGAAAGGACCACCAUCUCCACAGAAAAGCCUACUAUCCCUGCAGAAAAGCCCAUAGUCCACACUGAGAGAACCACCAUCCCCACAGAAAAACCCACCAUUCCCACGGAAAAACCUGUCAUCCCUAUGGAAAAAUCCAUCAUCCCCACAGAAAAACCCGCCGUCCCCACAGAAAAACCCGCCAUCCCCACAGCAAAACCCGCCAUCCCCACAGGAAAACCCACCGUCCCCACAGGAAAACCCACCGUCCCCACAGGAAAACCCACCGUCCCAACAGGAAAACCCACCGUCCCAACAGCAAAAUCUACCAUCCCCACUGAAAGGCACACUGUCCCCACAGCAAAACCUACCAUUGCCAAAGAAAAACCCACUGUCCCCACAGGAAAACCCACCAUCCCCACUGAAAGGCCUACCAUCCCCACUGAAAAGACCACCAUCCCCACAGAAAAGCCCACUGUCCCUACAGAAAAAACUACCAUCCUCGCAGAAAGACCCACCAUCCCCACUGGAAAGACCACCAUCCCCACAGAAAAACCCACCAUCUCCACUGAAAAACCCAUCAUCCCCACAGAAAAAUCCACUGUCCCCACAGAAAAACUCACCAUCCCCACAGAAAAAUCUACUGUCCCCACUGAAAGGCACACAGUUCCUACGACAUCCCAGCCCAGCCCAACACUUGUACCAAUUGGGCCAACAGUCUUGGUGAUGCCUCCUACAACUACUCCAAGUACCUCCAUGACCACUACAACCCCUAGACGUACUCCAGCGAGGUGCCCCCCAAAUGCCCACUAUGAGCCCUGCGCCUGCCCAGCAUCCUGCGAGAGACCCAAGCCCAACUGUGGGCCCCCCUGCAAACCCGGCUGUGUCUGCAAUUCUGGCUUUUUGUUUCAUGAGUCCCGCUGCAUCCAUCCCUCUUCCUGCAAUUGCUUCUACAACAACAAUUACUAUAAGCCUGGGGCAGAGUGGUUCAGCUCCAACUGCACAGAACGUUGCCGCUGCAAGCCUGGCAGUCGGAUGGAGUGUCAGAUCUUCCAGUGCGGGACUCACACGGUGUGCCAGCUGAAAAACGGCCAGUACGGAUGCCAGCCCUACGGCCAUGCCACCUGCGUCGUCUAUGGAGACCCUCAUCAAAUCACCUUUGAUGGGAGGCACUUCAACUUCAUGGGCAAAUGCACCUACAUCUUGGCCCAACCCUGUGGCAACUCGACAGAGCCAUUCUUCAAGGUGGCGGCGAAGAAUGAGGGCGGAGGACAGGAAAGCAUCUCCAGCCUGAGCAAAAUCUACGUGACACUACCCAAGGUCACCAUCACGCUGCUCAGGGGCAGGCGCGUGCUGGUUGGGGGUCAGCAAGUCACCCUCCCCGCCAUACCUUCGGAAGGCAUUUUCCUGGCUUCAAGUGGGCGAUUUGUGGAGCUGCAGACAGUGUUUGGUUUGCGGGUGAGAUGGGAUGGUGACCAGCAGCUGUAUAUGAGUGUGCCCAGCACCUACUCUAGGAAACUCUGUGGCCUCUGUGGCAACUACGACGGGGACGGCAGCAACGACAACCAGAAGCCGGACGGCAGCCCAGCGCAGGACUUCGAGGAGCUGGGCAAAAGUUGGCAGACAGCGGGGGGCGAGGACAAGGAGUGCCAGAGGAACCCGGCAAAUCCUCCGUCUUGCAACCGGGGCUUUCUGAACAGUCUGUCGGCACUAGAGUUCUGUGGACGGCUCGUGAACACCCACGGAGCCUUUGAGGCAUGUCUGCCUCACCUCGAGGCCUCUCAGUUCCUCAAGAACUGCGUGUUUGACAUGUGUAAAUUCCAGCGGCUGCAGUCAGUGCUGUGUGCCCACAUGGCAGCUUUGACCGAGAUCUGCCAGGAUGCCGGCUACGCAGUGAAGCCCUGGAGGGGACCCCAGUUCUGCCCUCUGACCUGCCCGCCCAACAGCAGGUACACUCUGUGCGCCGGGCUGUGCCCAGCCACCUGCCAUCCCAGCUUCUCUGGGAUGUCCUGCCAGAACCGAUGCGUGGAGGGCUGUGAGUGCAACCCGGGCUUCGUGCUCAGCGGUCUCCAGUGUGUCCCUCGGUCCCAGUGCGGGUGCUUUGACCCCAUGGUGGGCUACUUCAAGGUAGGGGAGCAGUGGCUCAAGCCAGGCUGCAGACAGCUCUGUGUCUGCACGGGCAACGGUAAAGUUCACUGCAUGCAGUGGAGGUGCCAGGCCCAGGAGAUCUGUCGUCAGCAGGAUGGCACCUAUGGCUGCCAUGCCCAAGGGACUGCCACCUGCAGUGUCUCAGGGGACCCCCACUACCUGACAUUCGACGGAGCCCUGCACCACUUCAUGGGCACCUGCGCCUACAUCCUGACCCGACCUUGCCAGUCUAGGUACCUAGAGAACUACUUCAUUGUGAGCACCACCAAUGAGUUUCGCGGCGGGAACUUGGAGGCCUCCUACGUCAGAGCCGUCAAUGUGCAGGUCUUCAACCUGAGAAUCUCACUGAUCAAAGGGCACAAGGUCAUGUUGAAUGGUCGCCGGAUGGCCCUGCCUCUGUGGCCCGCACAAGGCCGGGUGAGCAUAAGGCCCAGUGGCUCCUUUACCCUCCUCUACACGGACUUCGGGCUUCAAGUUCGCUAUGAUGGGAAUCACCUGGUCGAAGUGACAGUGCCGUCUUCCUACACCGGGCAGCUCUGCGGGUUGUGUGGCAACUACAACAGCAAUAGCCUGGAUGAUAGUCUGUUCCCCAGUAAAAGGCCUACGGCCAGCUCUGGCCACCUGGGGGUCGCCUGGAAGUUACCGGAGUACUCUGAACCGGGCUGCUUUGUUGAGGGUGGCAAGCCCUCCAGAUGCCUGGGGAACAAAGAGGCAAACAACUGGGAAAAGAAUUGUGAUAUCUUAAUGAACCCUCGGGGACCCUUCUCCCAGUGCCACGGGGUGGUGCCCCCCCAGUCCAGCUUCGCCAGCUGUGUGUAUGGCCAGUGUGGGACCACGGGUGACUCCCUGACCCUGUGCCGCUCCCUGCAGGCCUAUGCAUCCCUGUGCGCGCAUGCCGGCCAGGCCCUCACCUGGCGAAAUAGCAGCUUCUGCCCUCUGAAGUGCCCCCCCGGAAGCAGCUACAGCCCCUGUGCCAAUCCCUGCCCGCUCACCUGCCUCAGCCUGAACACCCCAAAAGACUGCCCAGCAGGGCUGCCCUGUACCGAAGGCUGUGAGUGCCAGAAAGGCCACAUCCUGAGCGGAACCUCCUGUGUGCCCUUCAGCCAGUGUGGCUGCACCCACCAGGACGGUUCCUACCAUCCGGUCGGGGAGAGCUGGUACACAGACAACACAUGUUCCAGGCUCUGCACCUGUUCCGCGAACAGCAACAUCUCCUGCCACCAGAGUACCUGCAAGCCGGGCCGGCUGUGCUGGCCCCUGGACGGCCUGCUGCGCUGCCGCCAAGCGGGCAUGGGAGUGUGCCGUACCUCGGACCGCUCCCCGUAUGUGACGUUCGAUGGCGCUCGCCAUACCAUCCGGGACACCUGCACUUAUGUCCUGGUGAAAGUGUGCCACUCCACCAUGGACCUGCCUUUCUUCAAGAUCAGUGGCAAGCACGGGAAGCUGAGAGGCCGCUCCACUGCUUUCUACCUCCGCCGGGUCAAUAUGGACAUCUCUGACACCCGGGUCACCUUGGGAAAGAACCACCACGUGCUGAUCAACGGCACACGGGUCACUCUUCCCUCGACCACCCAGAUCCGGGGGGUCAGAAUCAUAGCCAGCGGCAUCUACACCGUACUCAAUGUUAACAUCGGGCUGCAGGUCAAGUUUGACGGCAAGGGCUUCUUAGAGGUUCAGCUCCCUACGGCCUAUUACCAAAAGGUCUGCGGCUUGUGUGGGAACUUCAAUGAUGAGGAAGAAGAUGAGCUCAUGAUGCCCAGUGAUGAACUAGCCCAGAAUGACACUGAAUUGGUGGACAGUUGGCAAGAUAGGGCGAAUGACCCAAAAUGCCAACCAGAUGACCAGAAGAUCCAAACAGAAACGCAGGAGAAGCCGAAUACAAACUGCAGGAAGGCUGACCUAGCCAGAGCCCAGGAACAGUGCCAGAAGGCCUUUCAGGCUCCAGCCUGGGCUAAGUGUGCCAGCCACAUGGUCCUCAGGCCCUUCCUGCUCAGCUGUACCAACAACCUCUGUCAGUUUGGAGGCCUGAACCGCACCCUCUGUGAAUCUUUGGAAAGCUUCGGGGCCGCCUGCCGGGCCCAGGGGCUCAAGCCCCCGAUCUGGAGAAACAGCAGCUUCUGCCCUCUGGAAUGUCCUGCCCACAGCAGCUACUCAACCUGCCUUCCCUCCUGCCCACCUUCCUGCUUGGACCUGACGGGCCGGUGCAGUGGCCCCAAAGUCCCCUCCACCUGCAAGGAGGGCUGCCUUUGUCAGCCUGGCUACAUGCUCAGUGGGCAACAGUGCGUGCGCAGGACUCAGUGUGGUUGCACGGACGACUACGGCAGCUAUUUCCCCGACGGUAAGACCUGGAUCUCCAUUCGCUGCACGAAGAGCUGUGCCUGCACCACAGGAACCAUUCACUGCCAGCCCUUCAGGUGCCCCCCUGGCUCCCAUUGCGAGCCCCAGCCCGGGGGCACUGGCGGCUGUGAAAUUAACAAGUCCAAACAAUGUUCCAUUUAUGGGGACCCCCAUUACCGUACAUUUGAUGGCCUCACCUACCUCUUCCGGGGCCGCAUGACCUACACUCUGAUAAAGACCAUUGGUAAGCUCCCUGCUGGGGUGGUGCCUCUGGUCGUGGAGGGGCGCAACAAAGUGUAUUCGUCCUGGAGACCCAUCUACCUGCACGAGAUCAUCGUGAUCAUCUACGGCUACACAGUCCAGCUCAAGGCUCAUCUGGAGCUGGUGGUCAACAACCAGAAGAUGGGCAUCCCCUACAAGCCCAGUGACCGUCUGCAGGUUGCCCUGCGGGGCCAUCGCCUGUAUCUGAUCACUGACUUCGAGAUGGUUGUCACCUUCGAUGGAGGCAAAAACGCAGUGAUCAUGCUGCCCAACCAGUAUAAGGGGCUCGUGCGCGGCCUGUGUGGGAAUUAUGACGGGAACAAGAGGAAUGACUUUAUGCUGCCCAACGGCACCGUCACCCAGAACCUCGUUGGCUUUGGCAACAGCUGGGAGGUACAGAGGAUCAAGGGAGGUGACCUCGCCCGCUUCUCAAGGGCCAUACAAGAGGAGGAGGGGAAGGAGUCAGGCUUCCCUGUGUCGGAAUGCAGCCCAGAGCAGCUGGAGCUCAUCAACAGCACCCAGGCGUGUGGGGUGCUGGUGGACCCCCAGGGCCCCUUUGCCGCCUGUCACCAGACCGUGGCCCCAGAGCCCUUCCAGGAGCACUGUGUGCUGGAUCUGUGUGCCGCCGGGAGCCCCAGAGAGCAGGAGGAGUUGCGCUGCCAGGUCCUCAGCGGGUACGCCGUCAUCUGCCAGGAGGCGGGCGCCACCCUGACCAGCUGGCGGGACCACACCCGCUGCGCCCUGGCAUGUCCGGCCAACACCGUCUACCAGAGCUGUAUGACACCCUGCCCGGCCUCCUGUGCCCACCCGACGGCCCCUAGGGACUGCGAGGGCCCCUGUGUGGAGGGCUGUGCCAGCCUCCCGGGCUACAUCUACAGUGGGGCCCGGAGCCUCCCCCUGGCCCACUGCGGCUGCACCAACCACGGCAUCUACUACCAGCGGGGUGACAGCUUUGUGACUGAGAACUGCUCCCAGCGCUGCACCUGUGCCCGCUCAGGGGUGCUGGUGUGUGAGCCCCUCAGCUGCCGUGCUGGGGAGAGCUGCACCCUGGGGAACCUCACUCGUGGCUGCUUCCGAGAAAGCCCAUGUCUACGGAACCCCUGUCAGAAUGAUGGGCGGUGCUGGGAGCAGGGAACCCACUUCACCUGUGAGUGUGAACCUGGUUAUGGGGGACACCUCUGCACGGAGCCUCGGGAUGUGCCACCCCCUGGAGAGGCCGACACAUCCAACUUUGGGGCCGUCCUGUUGGGGACGCUUGUGCUUGUGGUGGUCCUAGUGCCCACAGUGACCCGAGAAUGUGUUUCCAGGAAGAGGAGGAGGAGGGAGAAAACGCAGAGCCAGAACAGAGGCAGGCUGGCAGACGCUGAUUUUGUUCCGGAGCAUGCCCUUCAAGUCCCUCAGUUUUGAGUUGUCCUCAGAAAGGGAGAGAGAAAAUAAAAUUUAUUUUUGAAAUGUGAA